CGAUUUACCUUCUUGAUGUCAAAUACUCAUUGUAGUUGUUUUAAUAGAAUUGAUUAGAAUUUCUUGAUAUUUUUAAUAUUUAUAUAUCUUCUAAUUAAUAUGUAUUUGGAAUAUUAUUUUAAUGAGAAAGUUGUUUGAGACACACCCUAUAAAUGUGCACUGUGAGAGAGAUCGUUUAAGGAGAAGCCUUAAAUAUUAAAAUAUAUCAUUGAUAUCACUUAUAAGUGAAAUAUAUUCAAUAUAAUAUGAAAAUGCCGAUUUUGACACACGAUGUUCAACUACCACCUGUUCUCCCAGAAUUACUAUUAGACAAACAUGCUAAGUAUCUCAUGAAAUUUGGAGACAGUAAAGAUGAAUAUUAUUACUGUAUGACGGAACAUUUAAGAAUGUCUGGAUUGUAUUGGGGCCUUACCGCAUUAGAUUUAAUGGGAAAACUUGAUGAAACCAAGAAAGAGGAAAUGUUAGAAUUUAUCAAACAAUGUCAAAGCGAUAGCGGUGGGAUUUCUCCUAGUGUACAUCAUGAUCCACAUAUACUUUACACACUAAGUGCAGUCCAAAUAUUAUGCCUUUAUGAUGCAUUAGAUGUAAUUGAUACAGAAAAAAUUGUUAAAUAUGUUAAAGAAAGGCAACAACCGGAUGGUAGUUUUACCGGUGAUAUUUGGGGUGAAAUAGAUACUAGAUUUUCUUUCUGUGCAGUUACUACUUUAACACUGUUGAAUCGUUUAGAUGCUAUAGAUGUGGACAAGGCAGUAGAAUUUGUAAUGAAAUGUAUGAACUUUGAUGGUGGAUUUGGUUCUAAACCUGGUUCUGAAAGUCAUGCUGGUUUAAUUUAUUGCUGUGUAGGAUUAUUAUCAAUUACGGGACAUUUACACUUAGUAGAUGCAGAUCGUUUAGGUUGGUGGUUGUGUGAAAGACAACUUCCAUCGGGUGGUCUCAAUGGUAGACCAGAAAAAUUACCAGAUGUAUGUUAUUCUUGGUGGGUUCUUUCAACGCUUACAAUUUUAAAUCGUCUUCAUUGGAUAGAUAAAAAACGUUUAAUAGGUUUUAUUUUGUCGUGUCAAGAUACCGAAAUUGGAGGCUUUGGCGAUAGACCUGGUGAUGUUUCUGAUCCUUUUCAUACUUUAUUCGGACUUGCUGCGUUAUCGUUACUCCAUACUGAUUAUCCAUUGAAAGAAGUUAAUCCAACUUUUUGUUUACCACAAAAUGUAGUAGAUCGUUUAGGUUUGAAACCAGCACGAAUGGAAACAUGAUUUAAUACAUAUAUAUAUAUAUAUAUAUAUACACACAUACACACACACACACACACAUGAACGAUUUAA